AGUAAGGUAUGACAGCUUCACACCUCCUCCACCUCUGUGGCUCUUUACACAAUGAGGAGGGGGAGACUAAAAACUCUUCGAGAAUGGUUGAAAUAGAUAAUUUCGACUCUGGCUUCUCCAACGGAAUUCUCGGUCUGCAUACAUUCGUCGCAGAGCAAUGGCUACUCAUUCUGGAUCCCCAACCCCAAUCCUUAACGGCCAAUCUGCAAACACAAAUGCGACCAGUAUUGUCGAAACAGAUCUGUUGAUAGUAGGAGCUGGCCCGGCAGGUGCUUCACUGGCAUGCUUCUUGGCCCAGUAUGGAUUGAAAGGCAUUAUGCUGGCCUCGACUCCGAGCACAGCAGAUACACCAAGAGCUCAUAUCACUAAUAUGGCGGCUCUCGAGUGUCUGCGAGAUAUUGGUCUGGAAGAAGAAUGCUUGAAAGUUGCAGUGAAAGGCGACUCGAUGCUCCAUACGCGAUGGUGUCGAAGUAUGGCUGGGGAAGAAUUUGCAAGAAUAUAUUCCUGGGGAAAUGAUCCAGCCAGAGCAGGCGACUAUGAUGCAGCCAGUCCUUGCAAUCAUGUCGACAUCCCUCAGACCGUCCUCGAACCUAUCCUUGUCCACCAUGCUACCCACAAUGGCUUUUCCUGCCGCUUCGAUACCACCAUUCUCUCCUUUGAGAGAGUGGACGAUGUCGGCAACACAAUCAUCAGUACUGUGCAGGACAAUCUGACGAAACAAACAUACCAGAUACGGAGCAAGUACUUGUUUGGCUGUGAUGGAGCGCGCAGUCAGGUUUUGCGACAACUGAAAAUACCGUUGAAGAAGAAACCAGGACAAGGUUUGGCCACCAAUGUUUUGGUCAGAGUGGAUCUCGAACAUGUGGUGGAAACUCGAAUGGGUAAUCUGCAUUGGGUGAUGCGACCAGACGAGGAGCAACCAAACUUUGGUUGGACUGCUAUUGUGCGAAUGGUGAAGCCAUGGACCGAAUGGAUGUUUAUUCUUUUUCCUAAGCCCGGCGCAGGCGUAGAUUUCAACCCUACAGAUGCAGAGUACCUCGACUGUAUCAAAACAAUGGUGGGAGACGAUUCGCUACCGGUCGAGAUUAUCGGUGUCUCGAAAUGGUUCAUCAACGAAAUUGUCGCCGAGUAUUACUCUGAUUCAAAUAUCUUUUGUCUCGGAGAUGCUGUUCACCGACAUCCCCCGCUGAAUGGACUUGGAUCCAACACCUGCGUUCAAGAUGCCUACAACCUCGCCUGGAAGAUUGCAUAUGUGAUGAAGGGAAAAGCUACCUCUUCCUUACUGGAUUCUUAUAGCACUGAGCGCCAGCCAGUUGGAGAGUCCGUCAUCACCCGAGCCAACCAGGGACUCCGUGAUCAUAUUCCAGUGUGGGAGGCUCUAGGCAUGAUGGACGAAUCAAUUGAAGCUCGAAGAAAAGAUUUUGCAGAAUUAUCCGAAGCAUCACCAGCAGGUAUCAAGAGAAGAGCGAAACUUCAAGAGGCCGUGAAAGAUACCUCACACGAGUUUCAUGGUGUCGGCGUCGAAAUGAACCAAAGGUAUGAAUCGAAAGCCAUCUUUCUCCAAGACGAAGGGCCUCGACCACCUCUGCCGCAAGAUGCAGUCCUGGAGCAUGAAAUCACCACAUACCCUGGAAGCAGACUCCCCCACGCUUGGUUGAACACGAAGCUGCCCGGAAAACAGUUCUCUACCAUUGAUCUGGCUGGUCAUGGAUCUUUCUGCUUGCUCACAGGAAUCGGGGGAGAUGAAUGGAAGACUGCGGCACGACAAGCUGCCAAGGAGCUUGAUAUCAACAUCAACGCAUAUUCAAUCGGAUGGCGGCAAGAUUACGAGGAUGUUUAUUUUGACUGGGCGCGACGUAGGGAGAUCGCUGAGGAUGGGUGCGUUCUUGUUCGGCCUGAUAGAUUUGUUGCAUGGCGCUCGAAAGGGAUGAUUUCAGAUCCGGCAGAGAAACUGCUCCACGUCUUGAAGACGAUCCUAAACAGAUAGCCAAUGAAGACCACCUGAGAUGUGC